CCGUCAGCGCUGCCAGCGUGGAGCGGCCGGGGCGGCACCGCCGGGCCCGCGGCCAUGGACGGCUCGCUGGAGAAGAUGGUGGACCCUACUCUAGCAGAAAUGGGGAAGAAUCUGAACGAAGCAAUGAAGAUGCUGGAAGACAACCAGAGGAAAGUGGAGGAGGAAAAUGAAAAGAAAUAUGCACGGAAGGAUAUUCCUGGACCACUCCAAGGCAGUGGCCAGGAUAUGGUGAGCAUUCUGCAGUUAGUUCAGAACCUAAUGCACGGAGAGGAGGAGGAGGAAACUUCACAGUCCUACAGACUUCAGAACCUUGGUGAACAGAGUCACAUGGCUCUACUGGGACAUAGUUUGGCUGCUUAUAUAUCUGUGCUGGACAGGGAAAGACUGAGAAAGCUUACAACGAGGAUCCUUUCUGACACUACUCUCUGGCUCUGCAGGCUUUUCAGGUAUGAAAAUGGAUCAGCCUAUUAUCAUGAAGAUGAUCGUGAAGGUCUCUUAAAAAUCUGUCGACUUGUAAUUCACACCCGCUAUGAGGAUUAUACACUCGAGGGGUUUAACGUGCUCUACACGAAGCAGCCUGUCAUAUACAUCAGUUCUGCAGCCAGAACAGGCCUGGGCCAAGCUCUCUGCAACCAGUUAGGGUUGCCCCUUUCCUGCGUGUGCCGUGUGCCUUGUAACACUAUGUUUGGAUCUCAGCACCAAAUGGAUGUUGCUUUGCUGGACAGACUGAUUAAAGAUGAUAUUGAAUUCGGAAAACUGCCUUUACUGCUUGUGGCCAAUGCUGGGACUCCAGGUGCGGGGCACACGGACAAGCUGGGCCGGCUGAAGGAGCUCUGUGAGCAGUACAAGAUGUGGCUCCAUGUGGAAGGCGUGAAUCUGGCAACUUUGGCUUUGGGUUAUGUCUCCUCUUCCGUACUGGCUGCUACCAAAUGCGACAGCAUGACUCUGACUCUGGGCUCCUGGCUGGGGCUCCCCGCAGUGCCUGCAGUGACGCUCUACAGACACGAGGAUCCGUCCCUGUCCUUGGCAGCGGGGCUGACGUCAAGCCAGCCCGUGGAGAAGCUCCGUGCCCUGCCCCUGUGGCUCUCCUUGCAGUACCUGGGCCACGAUGGCAUUGUGGACAGGAUAAAACAUGCCUCACAACUGAGUCAAAGGCUGCUGGAAAACUUGAAAAACCUGGAUUUCAUUAAGACUUCGGUUGAAGAUGAACUGAGUUCACCUGUGGUGGUUUUCAAGUUUUUCCAGGAAUAUUCAAACAGAGAUCAGACCUCACAUGCUGCACAGGCCUCAACUAUUCAGCACCCCAUAAUAAGCAAUGAAAGGCACAUUUAUGAUACCUUCAAUCAGUGGCUGGGAGAGCAGCUGGCACAGCUGGUUCCUGCCAGCGGCGUGGAUGUGGUGGAACUGGAGGAUGAGGGCACGUGCGUGCGCUUCAGCCCGCUCCUGACUUCUGCAGUUUUAGGAACUGAAAUACAAGACAUUGAUCACUUGGUAGACUGUUUAAAAAUGAAGAUACCGGUGUUGACAAGCACUCUGCAGCUGAGAGAGGAGUUUGAGCAAGAAGUGAGAAGAACAGUUGGCCUGUUGUAUAUUGAAGAUCUUGGCUGGCCAGGAUUAGGUGUUGUGAGGUACAACUAUCACAGUGAUGGGAAGAAUGAUGACAAACAAGAAAAAGAACUAGAAAAAAUCAAUACUGAACUUCUGAAAAAGUUAAAUGAGCUGGAGUCGGAUCUCACCUUCUCUUUGGGUCCAGAAUUCGGAGGGCAGAAGAACUGUGUUUACAUUGGCAUGGUCACCGAGGAUCUGGAUGUGUCAGAGUUGGUUGAAACUAUUGCAGCAACUGGCAGAGAAAUUGAAGAAAAUUCAAGACUGUUGGAAAACAUGACUGAAGUUGUUAGAAAAGGGAUACAGGAAGCACAGCUUCAGCUUCAGAAGGCGAAUGAAGAACGACUGCUGGAAGAGGGGCUGCUGCGACAGAUCCCAGUGGUGGGCUCUGUGCUGAACUGGUUUUCUCCCUUCCAAGCCUCGCCCAAGGGAAGGACGUUCAAUCUGACAGCAGGCUCUCUAGAAUCCACAGAAUCUAUGUAUGUAUCAAAGGCCCAAGGAACAAGCAGCACUCCACCGCCAACUCCCACUUCCAGCCUUGCAAAGCAAAGACUUCCUGGUCAGAAAGCUUUCAAAAGGUCUCUGAGAAGCUCUGAUGGGUUCAGUGAGACCAGUUCCAUCAGCCACUGUGAUGACCUGGACAAGCUGGAUCAGAGACCCCCAAAUCUCUCCCCUGGCCAAGAGCAAGGACCUUUGGAGAUGGAAAGAGCAGAGGAGCAGAAGGAGGUGGCGCAGGCAAAGACAGACACUGAGGACAUUGACAGUGACAAAUCGCCACCAGACUGCACCAAGGUAGAGGACCAAGCAAGUCUAAGAUAAAAUCCAGAGCGUGGAUUUCAGACUGUGCUGAGGAUGCCCCUGCCCAGGGAGGCAGGGUGGUAACGAUGCAUUGAAAAUGUGAACAGUGCCACACGCAGUACAGUAAUAACUACUGUAACUUAUUAACUGGGAUUUUGCACAAAUACACAUUCCCUCCCCGGGACAGAGAUCUGUCUUACUGUACACUUGUUACAGUUGCUUUAAUCAUCUCCAUGUCGGUGUCACCAAAGCUGUAGUGAAAUUUAUUAAGUGCUCAUGAACCUUUGUAGAAACACUUGGCAGUUCUCCUUCCUGCAGGAAUCCACGCAUGACAAGUUGCUAACCAACCACUCAGCCAUGCACACGAUGAAAAAUACAGUUGCACCCAAUAAUUAUAAAAUUAUCUUAUGUUACUAUACUUUAUAAGAAACAACUGCCAGCUGUUCAUCUUUUUAGUAUUUAAAAUUCAGUUUAGGCUCUCCUGCAAAACAUCUCCUGCAGCCACCCUAGUUCUGCAUUGCUUCUUUUCUCUUUCCUUGCCCACACCCUGCCCAAGGGCCGUGGGGUGCUGGGCACUGUGGAGGGACGGGUGCCCUGUGGAUGGGAGUCACUGAGGAGCCAUCAGCCCUUUGUUCCUGCUCUUGUACCACUUCAGGGGGCCUGAGUUCAGUGAAUUUUCAGCCUUCUGGAAAGCAAUAGUGCAGCUGCAUGCCUGGCCAGCUUCCUGCCCCUGCCCUGGGAAGGAGCACAAGGCACCGUUACUUUCCUUUGCACGGCAUUUACACACCAAAUACUGACCAUGUUCAUGCAGUGUAACUGGAGUUCUUUCUGUUGUGUAUUUUUAAAGAUAGCUGUAGUAAAGCUUGAAAAACCAA